AUGGAUAAUGGACAGGCUUCAAGUAGCUCUCAACACAAUCAGUUAUGGUCAAAGCAAUGGAAAUUGAAAGUUCCUCCUGCAGACAAAAUUUUUCUAUGGAGGGCCUGCAAUGAGGCUUUACCAACCAACUUCAAUUUGCACAAAAAGAAAAUUAUUGAGAAACCUUGUUGCCCUAUCUACUUACAAGAAGAAGAAAUAGUCAUACUUGCCUUAUGGACAUGCCCUGCUGCACAAGAUGUUUGGCAUCAAUAUUCAAGACAGAUUAAAAAAAGCCCAUCCAGCUUUAACUCCCUUAGGGAUCUGUUUCUUGAACUGGAUUCAGUUUGGGGCCAGGAGCUUGUGGAGGAGUUAGCAGUGGUUAGCGAGCGCAUUUGGUUGAGAAGGAAUGCUUAUGAUUUCCAAAAAGAAUUUAAGGACCCAAAUUCAGUUGCUGAGCAUGGCAAAUGCAAAAUCGGUCUUGGUCUGAUUAUAAGAGAUUGGAAUGGGUUGGUGUUGGCAACAUCAAGACAAAUCAGGUCACUCUAUCCUAAUCCUUUUCUAGCUGAAUCUGUUGGGGCUAUGGAAGCUGCUUGUUUUGGUUCUCACCUGGGACUUAAAAGGAUAAUACUAGAAGAAGAUUCACUACUAGUUAUUCAAGCUAUUAAUAGCAAAGUAGAGAACUGGUCUACAGCUAGUAUGAUCAUUAAUGACAUUAAGAGUCAACUAACUAUUUAUGACUCAUGGUCAGUCUUACACAUUCGAAGAGAGGGUAAUAAGGCAGCUCAUGUGCUUGCCAAGAAUGCUCUCUUGUCUUCUACAUCCUUUGUUGAUGUAGGCAGUAUUUCCUCUUGUAUUCUUGAUUACAUUUGA